UUGAAAGUAGUAUUCAAAUUCAAAGCUUGUGGGUGGAGUUGGGGUGCAAAGGUGCAUAAAUAGGCAGUAGGAGCAGCAGCAUUCACACUGAACCAGGAACACCUUCGCAUCCUGGCAGGCGCCUGGCAGAGUAAACAAGGAGCAGCCAUGGAGAAGGGUUACGUGUCCGUGUUCCUGCUGCUCAUGGCCAUCUCCUGUGCUCUGGCAAAGGAUGUAGGCAAGAAGGAUUCAAAGGACACUACUGCUAAGCCAAAACUGCCUCAGACGCUCUCCAGAGGCUGGGGAGACCAGCUCAUCUGGACGCAGACCUACGAGGAGGCGCUUUUCCGGGCCAAGCACAGCCAGAAACCCCUGAUGAUUAUCCACCACUUGGAAGACUGCCCGCACAGCCAAGCCCUCAAGAAGGUCUUUGCUGAACACAAGGAUAUACAGAAACUGGCUGAAAAAUUCAUUCUCCUGAACCUAGUCUAUGAAACCACAGACAAGAAUCUUGCCCCUGAUGGCCAGUACGUCCCUCGGAUUUUGUUCAUAGAUCCUUCCCUGACUGUGAGAGCAGAUAUUACUGGAAGAUACUCAAACCGUCUCUAUGCAUAUGAGCCCUCUGACAUUUCAUUGUUGUAUUCAAAUAUGCAGAAAGCGCUGAAGCUCCUGAAGACUGAACUGUAAGGGAAAGAAGAAGGCCCUUAAAUAUGAUGAAGUCUUUUCUUCCAUCUCUUCUCCACACCUUGAUACUGGUGAAGAGACUAUUUAGAGUGAUAUUUAGUGAUGUGUAGUGAUGGUUUCUAUACAUAAACACUACAGUUUUACAUUAGCACUUUUGUACUGGGCAGCAUUUUUAAAAGCCGGAGGCUUUUAUUUUAAGGCGUACAGAAGAAUACUGUAUGAUUCAACUGUAAAAAUGAUUUUUUAAAAAAUAAAUUCAUUUCAAGUGUUUACAUACAAAA